AUGCAGAGAUGCUACUCCAAGCCGCGCCCCAAAGACUCGUACGACUACGUCUCGCUCCUGCAGUACCACGGCGACCCCAGACGCCUCGCACAAAUCCACUCCCGCGUCAUCACCUCGGGCUUGGAGUGCGACCGCUUCGUGGCCGCGGGCCUCGUCGCCCGCUACGCCGCGCUGGGCCGCGCCGGCGUGGCGGCCGCACGCCAGGUGUUCGACCGCGCGCCGCACCGGGACUCCUUUCUCUGGAACGUCAUGCUCCGGGGCUACGCGCGCGCCGGCACGCCGCGCGAGGCCCUCGCGCUCUUCGCGCGCAGCCGGGCGGCCGCGGCCGGGAACCGCUACACGUACACGUUCGUUGUCAAGGCGUGCGCCGCCGUGGGGGACGGCGCGGGGCGAGUCGGCCAGGCCGUGCACGCGCUCACGGUCAGAGCCGGGGUGGAGCCCGACGUCUUCGUGGGCAACGCGCUCGUAGCGUUCUACGCCAGGUGCGGCGAUGUGGCGAUGGCGAGAAAGGUGUUCGACGGGGUCACCGAGAAGGAUGUCGUGAGCUGGAACUCGAUUAUCGCCGGGUACGCCCAGAACGGGCACUCAGACGAGGCGGUCGCGCUGCUUCGCUCCAUGCUGCGGCGUGGCGCGGAUUGCCGGCCAGACCAUGUCACUCUGGUCGCCGUGCUCCCGGCCUGUGCAGCAUCAGGGGCUGUGCGCGAAGGCCUGUGGACGCAUUCAUACGUUGUAAGUACUGCCAUUGUCAUGAACGCCGCUUUGGCUAGCGGGCUCAUUGCCAUGUACGCUGCGUGCGGACGGCUUGACAUCGCUCGGGUCGUCUUCGAGCGUGUUCUGGACAGGACCCAAGCCGUCUACACUUCAAUGAUCCAGGCUUACGGGAGCCACGGCCAGGGCGUCGAGGCACUAGACAUGUUCCACCAGAUGCUGGCGAAUGGCAUUGCGCCCGACGGCAUCUGCUUCGUGUCCGUGCUUUCGGCUUGCGCGCACGGCGGCCUGGUGGACGACGGGCUCGAGGUCUUUGACAUGAUGGACGACCACCGCGUGGAGAAGCGGCAGGUGCAUUACGCCUGCGUGGUCGACUUGCUAGGCCGCGCCGGGCAGCUCUCUCGAGCGCUCGGGGUCGUCGAGGCCAUGCCGUUUGAACCGGGGAGAGACGUCUGGGGCGCGCUGCUCGGCGCUAGCCGGCUGCACGGUGACAUUGAGCUCGCCGAGCGUGCGGCUGAGCGGCUGCUCGUCCUCGACCCAGGGAACGCCGGCCGGUACGCUGCGUUGGCCCAGAUGUACGACGACGCCGGGAGAUGGGACGACGCGUCGACGGUGAGGACCAUGAUGCGGGAUCGAGGGGUGAACAAGCCACUUGCAAGCAGUAUUGUUGAGGGAGACAUGGAUGCGUAG